CGGCUUCAUGUCGCGCUUCUUCCGCGCCUGCACGCAACGAAGGAUUUGUCUUUAUUUAUUUUUAUUUAUUUACGAAUCCGAGCCCCUUCCUUGCUCGUUUUCCCAGCCGCGAACUGGUCCUGUCCCGCCGACCUCUCCGAAGCGAUGGGCGUUUUUCUAGCGUCCGUUCAAUGUCUCAAGUUAGUCCGAAUUUUCCUCCUUCUUUAUUCCGCUGAAAUGAAGCUGCAGACCUAGCCUUUCUCCAGUAGUAGACGCGGAAACUAUCGGUUUCUAAGAAGUGCGACUCGAAGCGAAAGCGAAACACAGCACUCUGUUUAUGAGAACAGUGUGUUCAAUAAGCAGAUGCUUUCCUGGAAUUCAGACUCUGGAGGGGCGGUGAGCGUUGGGGGCGUGGCUUUGUAUGUAGAAAAGAAAAGGCAGCGCGCCUGAUUACUCGCGAUCAAUGAAAUGAGGCAGACGGACGGGCUGAGUGCGCACUCCCGAUACCCGACGCGACAGAGCCCUUCACACGCCCACGCGGCUCAGCACCGGCCCGGGUCCGACAGCAGUUCUGGCGGCGUUGGGCUGGCGAACCCCGCUCCACCGUCACCUGCUGCAUUUUUAUCCACAGAAACGCUCUCACUGGAGCAUUUAACCUCACUAGUAACUACGCAAAAUAUCCUGACCUGGAUUGUCCCCAAUGAGAGACGCUAUGGAAGACCACAUAGUCUGGUCUUUGGUGUAGGAUGGUAGCACAUAGUAACCUGGCAGAUAAUGCACCAGCUGACAACGGAGCAAGAAAUCAUCCUCAGGUACUCAAUAUUCCUCAAAGGCAUCGAGAAUCCCGGCCCAGCAUCGCCAGCGCUUUGACUCAAACGCACUUCAGACCCUUUCGAUCCGAGAGUGACUUCAGGAUUAUUACAAUGACUACCUCCAUGCUGGAGAACAGCGGCUUCUAUUGGGGUCCUAUGACGGUUGAGGAAGCCCACUUAAAACUGAAAGAUGAACCUCUGGGUACCUUUCUUAUUCGGGACAGCAGACAAAAAGAUUACUUUUACACCUUGAGUGUGAAAACUAGAUCUGGGCCAACGAGCAUCCGGAUUGAUUUCAAAAACUCUCACUUCAGUUUAGUUGGCAGCAAGGAAGAGUUUGACUGUCUCUUUAAGAUGUUGGAAUAUUACAUUGCUUCUCCAAAAAGGAGCCUAGUAAGGCCACUACGGAAAGUAAAGGUGCAAAGUUUGCAGGAACUCUGUCGAAGAAAGACAAUCGAGACUUUUGGAAAGGACAUUGACCGUAUUCCAUUACAAAAUACUGUUUUGAAAGACUACUUGAAAUCGUUUCCAUUCUGCAUAUAAUGGAAAAUCACUUGGCAUUAACUCACUGCCUUAAGGAUUUGUGGAAUAUCCUAAUGAGACUGUGUUUCACUUUCCUAGUCUACAGUUUAAAAGAAAUAUAUUUUUGUAGCAAACUAAAAUAUUCUGAAAUGAAACUUGAAAAGUUUAUUUCAAAGGUUUACAUUAUUUACACUAUUUAUGGGAAGUUCAUGCCCAAUCAUAUUUGUUUGCUGUGCAGACAGAAAUAUUUUUUAUAUUUUCUUGUGAAAAUAAAUUUUAUAUUCAAACUAAA